AAUGACGGUCUUUAAUUUUUUUUGAGAGGGAAUUGAAUGCACAAGGACGAAUUUAGGUGUGAAUUAUGUUAACUACAAUUAACAAUGACAUGUCAGCAAGUUACUAACCUCUCUGAUAGGUUGCCAGUCAUCAUGGACCAAUAUGAGAAGUGGGAAAGUUGAAAUUAUUCUAAGUUAAAUUAAAGUUGGGAUUAUUUUAAUAAGACCGCUUAAAAAUUGGAUUAUUAUUUUUUCAAUUUUCCUUUUUGUUUUCCCUUCUCGUCCAAACUCCAAAAGUCAUACUCGUACUUUCACAAGUUUGGUUUGUCCUUUUGUCAUGAACUAGCUUACUUUUUUCUUGCCUAAAAUAACUUAUAUUUUGAUUAUUUUCUCUUACUAGUAAAAAAAAAUAAAAUAAAAAAAAAAAGAAAAACCACGAUGCAAUUACAAAUAAUUAUUACACUUUGACGGAAAAAAUCCCAUUAUUGGGGUUAUAAAACACGGGAUUUAAGAUAUGGAAAAGUGAGAGAAAUCACAGAGGAGAGAGAAAGAUAGAGAAGCUCAUUCUAAGGGAGAUCUUGUUGAGUCAAGGUAAUAAUCUAAACCUCUCAAUUUGAUUGAUCUAUUGAAGUUAAAUUGAUGAUAAUGUUGAUAUGUUUCUAGAUUUGGGAUUGAAUCCCACUGUUCUUGAUUAAAUUACUUCAGCAAUUCUGGGUUAAUUUGAUUAUAGUUGGAAUUUCUGCUUUUUAUGACAAUUUUGGGUAGUUUUAUGGUGUUUGAUUAAUCUUAGGCUCUUAGCUAUCAAUUUAGGGUUUUGGGGGGUGUGAUUGAUUGAAAAAAUGGUUGAAAUUGGGGAUGUAUCUGAUUCUAGGGUUUGUAGAAAUAGUUCAUAUGUUGAGAUAGAUGAUAGCUUAAAGCAAGUGGUUGCUGUGAGUGUUUGUGGGUCUAGGAAUUCGAGUCAAUUGGGUGGUUCUGCUUCUGGUUCAAGGAAUACGAGUCCGGUAGGGCGAACUGGGUCUAGGAAUACUAGUCCAUGUAAGCAGAAGGUUAUUAAGACGAAACCUCGGGGUUUGGAUGAAGAAACCAUGGCAAAGUUUAGUAAAGCCAUUCACCCGGAUGUUCAGAUGGAGGAUAAUAUAUGGGCAAUGUUGCCAGAGGAUUUGUUGAAUGAGAUUUUAGCUAGAGUUCCACCAUUUAUGAUAUUCCGGCUUCGUUCUGUUUGUAAGAGAUGGAAUUCGAUCUUGCAGGAUGGUAGUUUUCUUAAGUUUCACUCCCAAGUGCCGUCUCAUGGGCCUUGUCUUCUUACAUUUUGGAAGAACUCUAAUACCCCACAAUGCUCGGUUUUUAGCUUACCGUUGAAAACGUGGUAUAGGAUCCCAUUUACAUACCUGCCCCCUUGGGCGUUUUGGUUGGUUGGUUCUUCUGGUGGUCUUGUUUGCUUUUCGGGAUUUGAUGGUUAUGAUUUUAGAACCUUGGUGUGUAAUCCCCUCACACAGACUUGGAGGAUGUUACCAAGCAUGCAUUGUAAUCAGCAGAGGCAGUUAAUUAUGGUUGUUGAUCGCAAGGACAAAUCUUUUAAAGUUAUAGCCACAUGUGAUAUCUAUGGUGAUAAGUCGUUACCCACUGAAGUGUAUGAUUCCAAGAUGAACAGCUGGUCGGUCCACCAAAUAAUGCCUGCAGUUAACCUGUGUUCUUCAAAAAUGGCUUUUUGUGAUUCUAGAUUGUAUUUGGAAACACUUUCACCACUUGGUUUGAUGAUGUACCGGCUGGACACUGGAUCUUGGGAGCACAUCCCAGCAAAGUUUCCUCGGUCAUUGUUGGAUGGGUAUUUGGUUGCUGGUACACAGAAGCGUCUCUUUCUGGUUGGAAGGAUAGGCCUUUAUAGCACCCUGCAAAGUAUGAGAAUUUGGGAAUUAGAUCAUUCUAAAGUACUGUGGGUGGAGAUUAGUAGGAUGCCUCCCAAAUAUUUUCGAGCUUUACUGAGGCUAUCAGCUGAGAGGUUUGAGUGCUUUGGACAGGAUAAUCUGAUCUGCUUUACAUCUUGGAAUCAAGGAAAAGGCCUCCUUUAUGACGUGGACAAGAAGGUUUGGUCUUGGAUUGUUGGCUGUGCUCUGCAAUCAUACAACAGUCAAGUCUGCUUCUACGAGCCAAGGUUUGAUGCAUCCGUCUACUGACCUUGAAUAUUUGUUUCUUCUUAAUGAGGAUUUCAUGGGGCUUUCUUUGGCACUUCAGUCUCCAACAUGUAAAUUUCAUGUCCCUUAUUGGCUUAUUCCUCGUUUUGCUUCAUAUAGGACAAAUGUUUUAGUUUACUCAUAUUAUUGUGUCUAAGCUAAGACACAUUGUCUGCUUGUGUUGUUAACGUCAGAAAUUGAGACUAUGUCAGCACAUAAUCCACAUUUGCUUCCUGAUGAGUUCACUACAGCAGUGGUCUUUUUUUUUUUAAGGCAUGACUGGCCAUUUUGACUGAGAACAGUGAUUCAGUGCUGAUGUGAAAUUUGGAAUGCGAUGGGUUGGGUUGGUGAGAUUUGUAAUUGUACGAGUAAACAUUACACACCAUUUACGGGAGAAUAUGACAGGAUCCUUUUGUCUCUCCAACUGCUGUAUACUAAUUGAUAAUAUCAAGCACUUAAUGUAAAUUAUUAUCAAUGUUUAUUGUUAUACAUACAUUCUUAUAUUAUGUGCUUUUGUAGCUUGUUUAUGUGCUGACAUUCAUCUUUUGUACAAGCUAUUUCUCUCAUCGUAAAGUUAUUAUGUCUUUGGAAAUUAAAAUUACCAUGAUCUGGUAGACUACGGUUAAGAUUUGGAAUAGAUGCAAAUGAGGUUCAUUGCUAUUAUUUUUCUUGCUUGUCUCAAAUUGCUGGAAUUUUUUGUUUACACAAUUGCUUCGGUAAUGCUAUCAGCUUUGAUUGAUACUUGCUCUUCCUUAUUGCUAGAAUAUUAUGUUGAGGAAGCAAAAAUGUAAUGAUUAUGAAUAUAAUUUUUCUUAAUCCGAUAAAGCUACUAAAUUUGUACUACUUCCUUCACUGUUUAGCUUUUCAGUGUCACAAUCACUUUAGUACUUUUCUUGUGUAAACUUCAGUCAGCCUUUCUAUCAUCAUUUAAUGCACAUAGUUAACAGUUACCCUAUCUCUUUGCAUCUGAUUGAUGUAAGUCGAAGACGACAAGGGUACAGCUGUGUGGGAGCUCAAUUUCAUUGAUAAUAUAUUAAUAUGA